CUCUCUUCCAACACAGUAGAUUUUCUAUAUACCUUUUUGAAAAAACCUCAUGGCUGCCCAAGGAGCUCGUGAUCAGACUCCCAUUGGCCACAUAGAGAUCCCAGUUAUUACAUUUCCAUUAGCUACAGAACAGACCAGACUACCUCAAGUGCCUGAAGAUGACAGCUUUGAUUACACAGAACGAACACAAUGGAUUCGAGCAGCUGUUUUGGGAGGUAACGAUGGUUUGGUCACAGUUGCAUCACUAAUGAUGGGAGUUGGAGCUGUCAAACAAGAUGCCAAGGCAAUGCUCCUUGCCGGGUUUGCUGGUUUAGUAGCAGGGGCAUGCAGCAUGGCUAUAGGAGAGUUUGUCUCUGUGUACACUCAAUAUGACAUAGAGGUGUCCCAACUGAAAAGAGAGAUGAUGAAAAAUGGUGGGAGUCUGAGUGAGGAAGAAGCAAAGAAGAAGAAGCUGCCGAACCCGGCUCAGGCUGCCAUGGCAUCGGCGAUCGCCUUUUCCAUUGGUGCAGUGGUGCCUUUGUUGGGAGCUGCAUUCAUCGGCCAGCAUAAGGCGAGGAUGCUUGUGGUGGCUCUUUUGGCAAGUAUUGCACUUGUAGUCUUUGGAGGGAUCGGCGCAAGGCUGGGGAGGACACCCGUGAUAAUCUCUUGUGUUAGAGUACUCAUUGGAGGAUGGGUUGCUAUGGCCAUCACCUUCGGACUCACCAAGUUGAUUGGCUCUGCUGGUCUAGAAAUGUGACUGAUAAUAUGCUUUUGUUCUUCCCGCCCUUUGUUUAAUCUUGUCUUUCUUGUGGUUGUGUCUCGCUAGCAACGAUGAUGUAACUAUUCAAUUAUGUAUAAAUAAUGUUGGUAGCUUUGUACUCUGAGCUGGUAACUAUAUAUGGGUUGUG